AGAGAGAGAGAGAGAGAGAGAGAGAGAGAGAGAGAGAAAGAAAGAAAGAAGGUCAAUGAGUGAUGGUGCUAAUCCAACUAUAACUCUAUAAGCAAGUGGCUGGGUGAUUCUCUAUCACCUCCAUUAAAAUGGAGGUUUGUGGUUCUUCUACAACAAUGUCACCAAAUAGUAGCACCUUCUAUCUUUCUCCUUUAACUGUUAUGCCCCUUAAAUCUGAUGGAUCUCUUUGUAUCUUGGAAGCUCUUUCUUCUACACAGUCAGAAGGGAUGAUGCCAAAUUCUUCUUUACCUAAGCUGGAAGACUUUCUUGGGGUUGCUCAUGACUAUGGAGGCCAUGAGAGAGAAACAAUGGCUCUAAGCUUAGACAGCUUGUACCCUGAAUCUAGAUGGUUGUAUCCUGAAGGAGUUCAGUGUCAACCCAACAUGUAUCAGAUUCAUGAAGAAGAAGCAAAUCUUCCAAAAAACAACUGGGUUGUUUCUCCAACACCACCACCACCGUACCCAGCAGAAACCCCUUACACUUCACUCGACAGCCAUAACCACCUGCAAGUCACCACCACAACAAACACCAACCACAUGAUACAAGAAGGCGGCGGCGGUGAUGUUCAGACACUGAGCUUGUCAAUGAGCCCUGGUUCUCAGUCAAGCUGUGGAACUGUAAGAACAGAUGAUUGUUUGACCGUAGAAAAAAAGAAGAGAGAUUCUACCAAAGUUGCUAAAAAGCAGUCUCUACAUAGGAAAUCACUUGACACUUUUGGUCAAAGAACUUCUCAGUUUAGAGGUGUCACCAGGCAUAGAUGGACUGGAAGAUAUGAAGCACAUUUAUGGGAUAGCAGUUGCCAGAAAGAAGGGCAGACCAGAAAAGGAAGACAAGGAGGUUAUGAUAUGGAAGAGAAAGCAGCUCGAUCUUACGACUUAGCUGCAUUGAAGUACUGGGGUUCGUCGACUCAUAUUAAUUUCCCUCUUGAGAAGUACCAUGAGGAGCUCGAGGAGAUGAAGAGUAUGAGUCGCCAAGAAUUUGUAGCCCACUUACGAAGGAAGAGUAGUGGAUUUUCUAGGGGUGCUUCUAUUUAUCGAGGUGUUACAAGGCAUCAUCAGCAUGGAAGAUGGCAGGCUCGUAUCGGCCGUGUUGCUGGAAACAAGGAUCUUUACCUUGGUACCUUCGGUACUCAGGAAGAGGCAGCUGAGGCAUAUGAUGUUGCCGCAAUUAAAUUCAGGGGUGUUAAUGCUGUAACAAACUUUAAUGUUUCUCGAUAUGAUGUUGAGGGGAUUAUUGCUAGCUCUACUUUACUCACGGGAGAACUAGCCAGACGAAACACCACCACCACCUUGGAGGGUGGUUUUAUCCGGAACUGCCAACAUGCUCAGCCAAACAACAAUUAUGAUAAUCAACAGAGUGUUUGUGAUUCAAUUACUCUUGAAUCUCUUCAUGAGAAUUUAAAGAAAAAUAAUAACGAUCCACGUGAGCUGAUUAACAACGAUAUAUCACCGAGCAACAAGAUGGACAUUCAGUUUUUCAAUCCUUGUUCAUCGAAUACUAGCUUGAGCUGCUCAAGGGAAGAAAGCCCAGAUGGAAUAAGUGCUUCCAUGACUUCUAAGGCAAAUGUCAGUUCUAGGGUGUCUUCAGGACAUUUCCCAGUGUUCGCUGCAUGGACUGAUGCUUAAAAGAGUUAAAUUUUUGCAUGAAAAAGAGAAAUCAAGAAACAAGAAGUUGUAGCAAUUAGGUUAAUCUAAUUAAGUCGUAUUUUUAUUGUUGUGGUGAUUAAUCAAUUUAAGGUGCUAAUGGAAGAUAAAGGUGGGGGCAA